UGUCCGGUUAGCGCCUUUUCAGUUCACUGGCCGCUCUUCACUGGUGACAGUUACCCUUCAGGGAAGAGAACUCCCCCUGCUUCCUCAUCACUGACAGCCAGCCCGGCCGAGCCCCGGAAUCCCACUAAGAAAAACACCGUUUUACACCUUCACGUUUCACGACAAAGAGAAAAACAUUUGCCGACAGUUUAAGACAUUUUUCUAAAUAUAUUGAUCUUACGAUCCCUUCGGCUUUCAGAUAUCGUUGGUUUGAGCAGGUAAUGACGGUGAAUAUCAUCUUUACUAACGGAUGGCCAGCUUGCAGCCUCCUCCCGCGGGCUGUUUUAGUGGUCUGUAGGUGCUCCUCUGACGCUCUUCCUCGCCUCUUCCUGAGUUCUGCUGACUACGGCGGUUCAGGAUGGAGGACUCGGAGACAGAGCUGGCGGUCUCGGAAUCGGACGCACUGGGUGCAGACUUCAUCACUGUGGAGCUCGACACGCAGCCCAUUGAGUACGUGGUGAAGUGGGCCGAGGUCGGCUCCAAGUUCACCAUCUCCUGCGUGAAGAAGGACUCGGACGACCCCUCAGACCUGACGGCCGACCAGCUGAAGAUCGAGACAGACGAGGCGUUCUUUGCUCCAUACGAGGAGGUGUAUCCCUGCGAGGUGACGGAGCAGAGUGUGGAGAUAAAGACAGACUUUGACGAGGAAGAAGAGGACGGUGAGGAGGACCACGAGGUUCUGGUGGAGGCGGGGAGCAGCCAUCUGGAUGGCGAGGCCGAUUUGGACCCUGCUGACUACGAGCCUGACGGGCGUCAGUUUCGCUGCAGCUACUGUGGGAAGUGCUACAGCCACGCCUCCAGCCUGUACCGCCACCAGCAGACCCACACGGGGAAGACCGGGGCGGUGCCGCCUAUCAAGAGGGCACUGGAGCCCACCCACCAGGAUGCACGCUACUCCUGCCCCCACUGCGGCAUGAGCUUCAAAGGCAGCAGGAUGCUGGGGAGUCACCUGCGGCUGCAUGGGAAGCGGCGAAUCCAUCCCUGCAACAUCUGUGGGAAGGAGUUCAACCACAGCUCCAGCCUGUCGCGCCACCGCCUCAUCCACAAGAAAGGAAAAGGGAUUCCCAAAGACGUUGCCCUCGGCCCCAACAUGGCCGCCCUGCGCCACUCGUUGAAGCUGGGUGGCAAAAACAAGAAGAACAAGAGGCAGCAGCAGCACGUGGCGACCGCCAUCAUCCAGAGUCAGGGCGCUGACAAGUUUUACGCCUGCCCGCAGUGCGACAUGAGCUUUAGGACGUCCACGCAGCUGUCCAAACAUCAGGUGACCCACGUCAAGGAGCUGCUGGACAGCUACACACCCGGUAAGGAGAACCUGGGCGAAAGCUCGUCUGACCUCAAGAUCCGCCUCAAGCUUUGCUCUCGUGACAAGCCCAACUUUUACACCCUCUGCAAGAAGAACCGGCGCCGCCGGGGAGGCCGGGCCGGCAAACGGGGCCCCGCUGCCUCUGAGGAGGACGAAGAGAGCAGAGGAGGACGCCACGGCUGCAGCCACUGUGGGAAGCGUUUCAGCCGCGCCUCCAGUCUGGUACGGCACCAGCAGACCCACCAGAUGGGAGACGGCGGUGGGCGGGGUAAGCUGCAGCAGAACCAGAAAACUGGACUCCCCACCAAGACCAAGACCUACACAUGUGCAGCCUGCAACAAGACCUUCAUGCACUCGUCCAGCUUCUCGCGCCACAAGAAGGCCCACAUGGAGGAGGAGCAGCGGGUCCACGCCUCCGGCAAGCACCAGAAGAGACCCGUGCUGGACGAGACUGCUCCGCUUGAGUCCGACUCAGAGUGAUGCCGCCUGGCUGUGGACUGGGGUUGUACUGGUUCUGGACCUGUUCUGGGUUGGUUCUGAAUCGGUGCUGACUAGUUCUGGACUGGUUUGGGACCAGUUCUACAAAAAAAUUGAAUUCAGAAAUUAUCUGGACCAGUUGUGGACUCUGGUUGUCCGGAUUUCAGAAACUGGUUGAUUCUUCUCUGGUGUAGAUAGCAGCAGGACAUCCAUAUAUGGCCGUAUGGUGGGGUGGGGGUCUCCACCUGCGGGCAUAUCCAUAUAUGGUCAGAAGUGACGUUAGCUAUUUGCUCUAAAGAAUGGGAUUUGAUUUAAAUAGCCCCACCUCCUGCACCUGUCUGAGGUGCCUCGUAAUCACACUCAUCCCUCCUCCACCUUCCCUCAACUGCUCAGCACCAGGACCCAAAAGCAUCAUGGGAAACUUGAGUCCCAACAUCAGGCUGCUGAUCAGCUCUGAUGUCCCACUUUUUACAAACAAACUCAGCUUGUCAGCAGCUGAUUAAUCAUCAAUUCCUUGUUUUGAUUAUUUUAGCUAAAACAUUUUCCAGUCAGUCUGAUUAAAGAGUAAUCCAAAAUAAAUCAGUUGCCGAUCAAUAACUAAUUAGAACCUUCCAUUAUUAUUUAAACUUCAUCCCUUGUUUCGUGGUUACAUUGUCGGUAAACUGAUCUCAAUGGCCCCGCCUUCUUGCUUUUCUUACCUCUUCCCAUUCCACAGCACUGCCUUCGUUCCUUUGAGCGAUUUCAUUGGCUGAAGGUGUGAUUAUGAAAGCAUUCUGAUGAGUCGGCUGUGUUGUAGCCUUGACAUAAAAAAAGUGAAAUCAGAGCUGGUCCGUCAAGCUUACGGCUGGGUGGCCAUGUUUGUAGUUUUCUGGUGACCAGCAGCAGGUUGGUUGCCGUGGAAAUCGCACUUCUUACGAAGUGCGUUGUAUUAUAUGAAUAUAAAUGAUAUUUAAAUGUCACAAAAAGAAGAAAAAGAAAAAAAAUACAUGGGGAGAAGCUGCUCCGCUCUCCUGGGCAGCCGUACCAUAGCAACUCCAUCACCACGUUCAUCACCUGACAGCGUACAGGAAGAGAUGCCCAGUUUUCAAAGUAAAAGAAAAGAGGCUCACUUCACCACCAGCUGAUUCAAGCAGGUCAGUCACAUGACUCACAACAAACGAACUGUUUAAUUAACGAAGUUGGCAUCACAGAACGUGAUCUAAACCAACGGACGUCCAUCUAAGGAACCACGGGAUCGGAUCUUUGUCUCUGCGAAGGUUUGGCUCUGAUGGACACGGAGACAGAUGAGUUCGGAUUGGUUGGACGUCUCGGUCCGAUAAUGGACCAGAGAAAUUAAAAGUUUUGGACGGAAUAAAGUUCUGUAAACGCUGACAAACCUGGAUGCCCCCCCACCUCAUCUCACCCCCCCAUAUACACUUUUUGUUUCCUGCUUGUCGACACUUUGAGUUUGUGG